CCGGAAGUCGCUCAGGCAGCAUAAAGCGGAAGCUAUUCAAGCGUACCGAGAAGGAUAAAGCGCGGGAAAAAAGACGUAACGAGAGAAAUGAGAGCGUCACGAUUACGUUAGACUCGAGCGUGGACCAGGUAACAAUAAGCUCGCACCGCAGCAGUCGAUUACACUCCAUGGCCGAGGACUUCGACACGGAUCCUUUCUUGCAAGUGCCAGGCCCCUGUGACCGCGGAAGUAGCAGCAGCGGCAACAGCGUGACCCGGAGCAUUUACAGCGUCUAUGAAAGGAGCUCCCUGUCCGGAAACAGCGUCUCCGCGAGCGUGAGCAGCGCCAUGUCUCUCCGAAGGGGAGAGAAGAGCCGUCAUCGGAACAGCUGCGCCGUAGACUCGGGAGACCGGUCGAGCCAGGAGGAGACAGAGCGUUCACUGCGAGCGCUGGUCAAGCUUGCCGCUAAUCCAGAAUGCGUCUCUUCGCUAGUCGAGGGCCUUGGGAACUACAUGAAGCUCGUGUUAGCUCUCACCGAGCAAGCCGACUCGCCAAGCGUCGAGAAAGCUAUCAGCCAGCUCUUCAACACAAUCAACCAGACAAUAUUCGAGCAGUUAAAGAGCACCAAACUUCCAGAGGACAGGCUUGACAACUUUUACGACCUCUCCCGGCUGCUUAACAUCGGAUUUGAGCUACUUAAAGGGAAGCAAAGUCUCCAUUUCACGGCGUUAUGUACUAUAAAUAGAAUAAUAGACCUCUGUAUAGUGUUCAAGAACUACGAAGUGGCAGGAUUAACCAAAAACUCUGAGCACGUGUCUAAUAAUGAUCUCUAUCGGGGCUCAAGUCCAAAACGGAAAUGCAGUCAAGCUAAUUCGGACGAAAAUUCCGCACUUAAUCGCCAUUUCUCGCUCACAAAGCGUGAGCGGCGGAUGAGCCACGACGCGCAUUCCAAGGGCGAGUCUCACGAGCGACAUACGGGCGAUGAACGAGAGGACUCGCGCUCUAGUAAUACCUCUAACACGACCCAGGUCCACCGAACGCCGCUUGAGAUCCUCACCUCCUGCGACCCCUCACACAUCCUCAGUAUUUUACAUAACAAUAUAACCAUGCACAAGCGAAUCAUCGGCACGCGACAGAAGUGCACGCCCAGCACGCGUACCCGCACGUGCACGCACCACUGCCUCCAGAUCCUGAGCGCGCGCAUCUUGGUCGUCAUGUGUCAUGGACCCAGCGUCCGCCACAAGCUCGUCAGCGACGGACAUGCCAAAACGUUGGUAGAGGCACUCGACCCGAACCACGAUCCGCAAUUACUGUGUCUCCUGCUGCAGUCGUUAUCCUCGGUGGCACAAAGCCCAGCCUACCACCAGGCGCUGACGGACGCCGAUAUUGCGGACAUGCUUAUGCAGUUGCUGCUUCCGUCGGACGAAUGGUACUACACAAACCACAGCACCAAGUACGCCAAAUACGUCAAGUACCACGCUGCACGGAUACUGGUCUAUCUCGGCCAUCUUCACAAACUUGGGGGCAGGGUGGACCUUUUUGACCCCAAAAUGUUCCAAGAGACGACAAACCACAACCCUAUUCUUCAAGUGAAUUCCCCGGAGGAUACGUUCAUAGAGUCUAUGGCCCUGGGGCGUAUUGUCACCUGGAACGAGAAACAACACAUUGAGGCUGCCAGUCUAGAAGGACUCAUUACACACGUGAUCGAGGAGUUCGUGUACGAAGAGAUGUCUGACCGGAGCGCCUCCCCCCGCCAAUCCAUUUCAAGCUCCCUCCAGAGUUUUUGUCUCUCCUUCCGGGGCCACCACGACUUCACCACUCCCGCCGUUUCCCCGGCGUGCUCCGUGCAGACACUCAAUCAAGUAGGUUACAAGUCCUUCCGGGAGUUCCUCUUCAUGACGCUACCGCUUGUGGUACAUCCGGUGGUCAUCCUGCGCCUCCUGGCGCACAAAAUGUUCGGAAACAUGAUCCGCCGGAAGAAUUUCCGGUCGCAGAACGCUAAGUUAAAACCGCCAAAGGAGGAUUUACUAGGCGCGGAAGUUAUGUGCCCGCCGCGGAGUUACUCCGAAAGCUCCAAAUAUAGGGAAAACACGCUAAAACUUCAACCUGUUCCGAAGGCCGAAAAGCCCAGUCCGGAAUCGCAAAGCCGAUCUAGUACAAGCGCAAACUCGAACAGUAAAAGCACAUGUUCUAACGGAACUAGUGACCAAAUGGGUACGAAUAUGGCGUUACGCGCAAUAGGUGAGAGUUUAGUGACUCCAUUAGAAAUGAAUAUCCAUCCUCGCGCGUAUACUGUAUCGGAACAUAAACCUGUGUGUGCAACACAGUCCGAUUCUGUGAGAGGCACAAAGCCCAGACUGUUCAGAUGGCAGAGCAAGAAACUUCUGUCUAAAUCGCAACUUAAUGUAUCUGGUUCAAGUUUAGUGGCUAAUGAGAAAUCCUCAAUAGCCGCUGAAGAGGGAGCUUCCGGUUCCACCCAUGACGUUGAUAUUAUUGCAUUCCAAAGAGAACUUAUCAAUCUUCCAACAUUCGUAAUGGACACGCCCCUCGACGUUUCCCCAGUGUUUUCCCGGUCUAGUUCAGUUCCUGAGAACCUGGCUGGGCGGCUCAAUCCCACACUGGGCUCCCUCGGGCAGCUGUCGUCUCACAACUCCCGGAAACGGCUUAGUAAGUCGGGUUGUGGCUCAGACCAGGCGGUUUCUACCCUUGUUCACUCGGGAUCGGCUGUUGCUAUCACAAUGACCGACCCAAACCACAAGGACUCUGUGUUUUUCAUGGCCUCUGAAGAAUCUACUACAAACACUCCAGAGGACAGUAUGGCAAACAUUAUAGUGCAUUUUGACCCACCGCAGUCGCCACUCUUAUCCAGCGCUAGCGGAAGUGGCAGUCCGCAUGCGUUUGACUUUCCGCCUGGCCAAGCAUUUGGGAACAAUUUGUUACAACCUGGUUCUCCAAUGAACAAUUUACUCACAACAUCCCCAACGGGUUCUCAAAAAGGUUCCCCUGAGGAACAGCCGAUGUCAAAUAAUGCUGUUUGUGGCCUCGCUGACACUAACGCGGAAGUUACAGACUCUAAAGCUUCCCUUUGUCGCCCGGAUGCCUUAAAAAUCAGCCCAAUAGUAAGUCCGACAACUGAGAUGCCGAUAGCUCAUCAAGCCGUGCUCAGAGUGAUUGAAACUUGGAUAACUAUUUGUCCGUCAGAUUUGGAAGGGACGCAACUCGUGGUGCAUGAGAUGCGAGACUUUCUAAAGAAGUUGUCGGUCCUUGGACCGGAAUACAAAAUAUGGUGCCAAAAGAUAUUGAGUGAACUUCACUUAGAGGAGAAGUGCGCGGCGGACGAGCACGCGAGAUCCCCGGAUGACAGUGUACACGCGCAAUAUAAACAGCUUCAGGAGUUGAUACUGUCGGGCGAGCUUCCAUGUUCCAAAGAAGAGGCGGCCACUCUAGCCGGGAUCCAGCUACACCUGGAGGAGGCGUGGCCAGAAAAUGAGAUGCCCAAUCACGACGGGCCUUACAAGAUUGUAGACCGGAAGAUGGCGGACAAAAGCAAGUUACUCCGGAAGAGCUCGAGCCAGGAGGAGAAACAGGAGGCGCUGCGCAGCCGAAAGGAGCUGAUCCGCACGCGCCAGGCGAAAGGGAUCUCGUCGAGCCGGCGGAAGGGCCGACUGGUUCGCCAGUUGUCGUGCGUGAGCGACAAGGAGCCGGAAGCGUACGUGGAGAUCGACCUGGCUCACUUCCUGCCGCCUCAGUUCACUAUGUCCAAGAAGGUCAAGCAUCUCAUUGAGGAUAAGCAGAAGAAGCUCUGGCACACGCCGUUCUACGACAGCGAGGUCCAGCUCAAGCGUCUGUACAUCAAGAUCAGUAAGAACCUGCCGGGGUAUGGCUGCAAGCUUUACCAUGUGAAGGAAGUCCUCAAAGGAAACACGCAGAAAAAGGUGAGCCGCUUGCUUGGCAUCUCAAGCGAGAAGGUGAUCCUGUUGGACAACAAAUCCAAGUCAUUGACCAAGUCCCAGAACAUAAGUGACCUGGACGAGUGGCGGACCGGAAGUGGGAAGUCGCAUGACGGCCUCGUGCUGGAGUUCCGGGGAACAAAGACGUGGACGCUCUCCAUGUUGUCCUCUGACAGCCUCAAGUCGGUGACGGCUGUGCUGUGGGACGCCCUCGACAUGCAUGGACGCUUCCUGAACAGCACGACCCUCCGAAGGGAAAGCUUCGAGUUCGACUUCCAGCGGAAGCAGCUGAUGCUCGCCCCGGAUGACGAGGGAUGCUCAAAGUACUCCAAGGAGCUCGAGUCCCUCCAGAAGUUACUCCACUUUCCGGAAGAGGUCGCCAUCCUGCUGACCACAGUGGAGGCGGAGGUGUUCAAGAGCGUGCCGCCCGGCGAUUACAUCCGCCAAGUCACCAUCGACCUGAGCCGCGCCCCCGGAAAUAACAACAAGGUUUCCGGUGUGGAGGACCUCAUACAUAGGUUUAACGAGGUACACACCUGGAUCACACAGCUCAUUAUUACGCAACCCACUCACGACAACCGUAAAGCGGUCCUUUCCUGUAUUUUACGACUUCUACAUUACUGCUGGUGCCUCGGGAACUUCAACUCUGCUAUGGAAAUACUUGCCGGUCUCAAGUCGGAAAAGUUAAAGCCAUUCUGGCUUCUACUGAACGACGAGGAUCUCUCCACCCUGCACACGUUCUCUGCCGCCAUGUUUGCCCGGGAACCAACGGCCGAAUACAGGGACGCCGUCAGCGCCGCACUGGACAUUCGGGACUGCCAGGUGGUUCCAUACUUUGGUGGAUUCCUGCGGGAUAUCCGGUCAGUGGUGAUGUCAUCGCCAAGUAUUGUGGUGCUUCCGAGUGAUCCCGACCACGCCCUAGAGUUCAUCUCUGACUAUAACGGUGAGGACCGGUUUAUGACGCGUAUCGGGGUCGGCGGCAUCAUCAACAUGGAGAAGUUGAAGCGUGCCCAGGCGAUCCUCAACGACAUCCAGCUCUUCCACUACCAUAAUACCAACGCCACUUCCACUGGCGCCGGAGAUACCGUGGCCUACUCCAACGACUGGAACAAUGACGACGUCUUUCUGGAUUCCACGGACGGCGGCGAGAGCGAGACGGAGCUGGACUUUGAGUCCUACCAGCCCAUCCGGCCGCUAGCGGGCGGACAUGACGUCAUGGUUCUCACGCCAUCGUAUGCAACGUUGGGACAUCAGUGUUUACAAUUCAUGAAUCACGGUAGUACCGUCGUUCACGUCGAUGAGGAGAGCGGCCGCGUGUGUAUGUGCUUCAUGCGGCUAGAGGCCGAUAACGUGACGUUAACGUGGAAAAAGCCGAACUGGAGUGCACUACGCGGAAACGUGUCAAGUUUACCGGAUUACGUGUUACGCGGUGAUUUCGACUAUAGUUCUAUACAGGCAAUGUACACGCGUUAUUGCGGUGGGGACCACGUGUAUGAAUCUAUUGAGGAGGGUUAUUUGGAUCUCACAAAUCUGAAAGAAGUGUCUUGGUGCCACGAGGAUAUAAUAGAUUUAACAACGACUUCCAAACGUUUUGGCUUAGACGAUAUCACGCCAGAAAAGAAUUGUUUGUGCCUGACCUACGGUAGUACAUUGGCGGAGAAUAAACACCUAUUCUUUGCGGGCCCAAACCAUUGUGCACAAAUGUGGUAUCAGGGAUUAAGCAAGCUUUGUCAGGCGGUUCGCAAACUACACAGACAGACGGACAAGCGAAUACAGUGGCUCAAGAUGCAGUACCUCCAGCUGUAUUACGACAAUGAACGCUGCCAGGGACCCACGCCCGCUGAGGCCAUUAGGGUGUUCGGCGGGCGGCGGUGGACACCAGGCGGCCCACAGGUUAAUUCUCUGUCCGACAGCACUUCCUCAUUUAAGCGGACGUCCAGCUUCGCCGGCUCCAACAUAUUUACCAAGAAGAAAGGCAGCUCUUUCCAGCCUUCAAAGGAGGCGAGCCCAAAACCAUUCCAACAGCGGGACAGCUCCAGUUCCAGCCUGACCAAGCCGAGGAAGCGCUCCCCGAGCCCCGUCUCAAGAGGCAACCGCACGAGCAUCGGAAGCACGGGGACCACGUGCGAGACAAGUAGUGACACGAACGUCAUCCUAGGCUCGUCGAAGGAAUCUGCGACCGCCCGCUCUCAGAGUCACCCAUGCACGUCUACGUACGUGAAACGUUACCGUACGCGCCGGCGGAGCAGCGUUCUGGGGAAGCACCUGCUCGGAGAAAACAAGAACAAUUCAAUAACGCAUUCCACCCGUCUUUCUUUCUUCGACUUCGUGGACCUGUUCCGGUCGUUCUCGCUGCGCAGCCGGAAGGACCUGCGCGACCUGUUUGAUCAGUUCGCCCUCACGAAACCUAGCGGGAUUAAGCCUGCUCGCUCUACCUCACAUUCCAUCACCAGCGACAGCAACAUAUUGACGCGGAACACCGGCUACGACCUAAACCACUCGAUGGACACGUCGUAUAUUCAGCGCCGGAAGAUUUGCGACGCCAUUGCAGUAGCUUCAAUCUUCGAGAACUGUGCGGGCGUCGAUACAUCACAAAACAAGUGCCUGACACUAAAGAUAUUCCGCGAGUUUCUUGAGGAGUACCAGGAAGAACAUUUGGAUGACUCGGACAUCCUCGCGCUCAUCAAGCGCCAUGAGCCGGACCCCACCCUGAGGGAGGCGGGAUGCCUGUCGUUCGAGGGGUUUGCCAAGUACCUGAUGGACAAGGAGAAUUACGCAUAUCUGUUCGAGAGAACCAAACACAAUGAUGAGGACAUGGACCACUCGCUGUCUCACUAUUAUAUCGCCACCAGUCACAACACCUACCUCACCUCACAUCAGCUCAAGGGAGACUCUUCCGUAGAACUCUACAGUCAGAUCCUGUUGUCCGGGUGCCGGUGUGUGGAACUGGACUGCUGGGAUGGAGAUGACGGCAUGCCCAUCAUCUACCAUGGCUACACCCUAACCACCAAGAUCUCAUUUAAGUCGGUGGUGGAGGCUAUCAAUAAAAGUGCGUUCGUGACGUCACCGUAUCCCGUUAUCCUCUCGCUAGAAAACCAUUGCUCUAUCGCGCAGCAACAGAAAAUGGCGCAGAUCUUCAGGUCUGUAUUCGGUGAUCGGCUGGUGACGCAGUUCCUGUUUGACACGGACUUCAGUGACGAUCCCAUGCUGCCCUCGCCCAACCAGCUCAAAUACAAGAUCUUGCUCAAGAACAAGAAAGUGUGGGAGGAGGGUGACCAGCAUGCCACUGCUAAAAGGGCGUCGGCAUUUAGCCGGAACUACAGCAUUGUUCUAACAGAAAGCGGCACGUCACAGGACUUCGACUUUGAAGAUGAUGAUGACGACGAGGAAGAUGACGUCACCGUCAUUACGGACGUAUCCGGUAAGGAGUGUCGGCGGUCCGUGGACAGCCAGGAGAGCCGGACCAGUCCGGAGGGCGAUGACAAGGAUGUACACAUACAACCUUCCGGCUCUUGUGGCGAUCUCGCCAGGCCCACUUCCUCUUCAUUCGGCGAGAGCAGCAAGGGAAGGCCACAGAGCCACCCGGAACUCGACUGGCAGUUCGACGAAGAGAUACCGGAAGCCAAGGCGGCGGCGGCGGCGGCGACCGGCGGAAGCGCUCAGCAGGCCGCCAAGAAGACCAAGAAGGCCAGUCAGAUUGCCAAGGAGCUGUCGGACCUGGUCGUGUAUUUGCAGGCUGUAAAGUUCAGAGGUUUGAACGUCAGCCCGAACUCGUCGCUGAAGCAACGUUACGUCAAGACUGGUGCCGCUAAGAAGAUGCACGGGGCCAGCAGCACACCUCCAUCAUCCCUAGACCGUCCCGACCACAACAUGAACACGGGUAUCUCCCUUCGUCAGAAGCGGCCAGACUCUACUCCUUCCUGCUACCUCGUCUCCUCCCUAAACGAGAACAAGGCCAAACAGCUGUGUAGGCGCAACCCUAACCUAGUCAUCAAUCAUACGGAAAAACAGCUGAUGCGAACCUACCCUGCAGCAAUGAGAAUAGACUCUUCCAACUUCAACCCAGUACUGUUCUGGGCCUUUGGCAUCCAGAUGGUCGCGCUCAACUACCAAACAGAAGACACCGCGGCGGCCAUCAAUUCUGCGAUGUUCGAACAGAACGGACAGAGCGGAUAUGUGCUCAAACCGGCGGUCACGUGGGACAAGAGUCACGUGAUGUAUAACCACUUCAAUCCGCUUGACAAGGAGUUCGACGGGCUGCACACGCUCGUCCUGAUUCUGCAUGUGAUAUCUGGCCAGUACGUAUGCCCGAACUAUUCGGCAAGCACCCAGGUGGAGGUGGAGGUGAUAGGGAUCCCCGCGGACUGCGCAAAGUACAAGACCAGGGUGAUACCCCGUAAUUCACUCAAUCCCAUAUGGAACGACGUGUUUACACUGCAGGUCAUGAACUCGGAGCUGGCGUUUAUUCGUUUUGUUGUCAUGGAUACCGUCACCAACCACAUUGUUUCCCAGAGAGUCAUUCCACUGAAAUGUCUGCGACCAGGUUACCGUCACGUGCGUUUGCGUUCCCCUAGCAACCAGGCGCUCGAGCUAGGGACACUCUUCAUCUUCUCAAAAGAGGAGGAGCCGAACAUGGAGACAUGCGGCCGACUGGAGUACACAACAGAGACCACUUCCGCUUCCCUCAAGUCCGUCUUCUCCCGGGUCAAGGACACGCCUGACGGCGGCAAGGACGGCAAGGAAGUCCACUUGAUCAACCCAGUGGGCACAAAGUUGAAGCGGCGUAUGUUCUUUAUCAGCGUGUUCGGUGUGACGGCCCCGGACGAGUACGUCAUCCUCAAGGUCACACAGGAUACGUCCGUGUACGACGCCAUACAACAGGCGCUGAACAAGGCAGGCCGCGGCGAGGAGAAGGUGGCGGACCACGUGAUGGUAGAAGAUGUGCAGCACGGCUGGGAAAAGAAGGACCAAGAGCGAUCAUCUUCACAGCGGAUACUGUCAAUGUCCGAGAAAGUUCUACAGGCACAGAAUAGGUGGAAGGGCGCCGGCAAGUUCGUUCUCAGAAAGAUAAGCACCGACCCUAGUAGCAGGGCGUGGGUGACUUCUAUGUUGGCGAAAGAAAACAGGCGGAAAUUUGAGGGCGGUGUGGGUGGUAGUGGAAGUGGUGACUGGGACCGCGACGAGCACAUGUUUCUUGUCUGUGUAUACAACGUGUCCCCCGACCAGCCCUACACCAUCUUUAAGGCCCCUAUAUCCUCCACCGCGCAGGACAUUAUUACACAGGCGAUGCGGAAGGCGCAUCGAUCGGGCGAGGAGGACCCCAGGAACUUCUUCCUGUUAGAGGAGCUCGACAUCCAGUCAGAGUCCUCCUCUUCCGGCAAGAAGCGGGACAGCGAGAAAGUGCUUCGCCGCAUCCUUUCAGCGGAUGAGAGCGUCUAUCAGUCCCAGAACGAGUGGAAGACGGCCGGGCGCUUUGUCCUCGUGGACCGUGAUAUGGUGGAGUUUGACCAAGACUUAGCGUCUGACCGGAAGAAAAAGAGCGUUUGUGUGAAGGGGCCGGUUCUCCCCCAGACGUCCUCCUCCCUUGCCCGGAAGUUCUGCUCCAAGCUUAGCCGCUCAGACCAGUCCGAUACGUCAUCCACGGCCGACGAAAGCCUGUCGAUAUCCCGACCACCGUCAAUUCCUUCGCCAUCCACGAGUGCGCCUAUCAACCUACCCCUGCAGCCCAGCUACACAGGCCCCGGAGCCCUGGCCCAACCCCCUGCCAGCCCUUCCCCAUCAGCCACGUCCGGAACCAAGUGGAAAAAGAUAUUUAAGAUCGGCAAGGGGUGAGCGACAAUGGACGGAUAAUUGGAGGAUGCGACGUGUUGACAUCAACCGUCUGGUGCAUCGCGGCUGUCUUAUAUACGGCGUAUCUUGUCAAUGGUUCACGUGGCUGCUGACGUAAACAUUUCCAUUGACACAAGGGUCGACGGUUAGUGGUGCUGCUUGUACGCAUGGCACACCAAAAUGUAGAUGACUUUGUUUGCUGCCGAGAAACUAUAAAAUCAGACCAGUGCAAUAAUUUCUGAGUGCAAAACCAGUGCAAGGACCAUUCCAGGAGAUUUUAUACCAUGCAGAUAUGUUUAUCUGGCGGUGGCAUAAUAUAUUAGGCCGAUUGUUCAGAACUUAAAGUUAACAACGUUGUUAACGUCAUCGUUGUUAACUCUCAAAUCGUUACUUUAUUUGCUUAUUACUAGCAAGAUUUUAAAAUUGUAUUGUAUUGCUGCAAAUACUAAGCUAAUGAUCUAUCUGUCGGCACUGCCGAAAUGCGCAGGAUUAUUGACGGACAAAUUGCAGAAGAACUGGCGGAAAUGUACUAGGAGAAAUGGCGGGAAUGUACCAGGAGAAAUGACGGAAAUGGUACUUAAGAACUGGCGGAUAUGUUACAGGUGAAAUGACGGAUAUUAUACAGGAAUACUGACGGAUAUUAUACAGGAGAAAUGACGGAAAUUAUAUAGGAAUACUGACGGAAAUGUCACAGGAGAAAUGACGGAAAUUAUACAGGAAUACUGACGAAAAUGUAACAGGAGAAAUGGCGGAAAUUAUACAGAAUACAAACGGAAAUGUAACAGGAGUACCGACGGAGAUGUUCCAUGAGGAUCUGAGGAAAAUCUUACAGGCGUACUGACGGAAAUAAUACAAACAUGCUAACGAAAAGUUGCCUACAGUAUAAAAAUAGAAUGAUUAAAAUAUUGACUUACAUAAAGCAUAUUUAUACAUGUUGAAUAUUAGUUAUUUCAUAAGGAAAUGUAAAUAGGUAAUAAUUGUUUUAGUCAUAAUUCGCUUUGUGUAGUUUAUUAACAGUCAAAAGACUGAGUUGCUGUUUUAAGUUGUUUUUAUCCCAGAGCAAAAGACCGAAAAGUAAAAUUCCUUAACCUGAUGUUGUCAUAGAUCAUUCUUCAUGUAGUCGUUAUUCAAGAAAAAUGCUUGUCUUGGUGUAAGAGAGAUUGCACUAUUCUACAUGAACGGGUACUUGUAUGUGGGGAAUUAUUUUUGUGCACUACGUCAUCUAGGGCCAUACUUCAUUUUAUUUUCAUUCGGAACUGGGUGGCCAUUUUCCAUCGAAAUCAACCUCGGAUGCAUAUGGACAAUUUACAAUGUAAGAAAUCUUUACAUUUUAACUACGCUGCAAGAUCGAGUAGUAAUUUCAAUUAAGAAGUUAAACUUAAUGUACGUUAAUUAUAUUUGCAAUAAUACACUGCACUGGCAAUCAAUUUAAACUUAGAUAUAUAAAUGCACGUUUAAAUGUUACAUUUAAUUAAUGAUGUUAUUCAAAAUUUCACGAACUACUUCAACUGAUGUACCGGCAUACAUCCGAGAUUAUUUUCGUUAUAAAAUGGCCGAGGAGUUCCGAAUGUUAUUUUCAGUGAUUCUAGUCACGCUAUUGGUCAGCUAUAUAUACAGACCAAUCAAAACACUUAGAGUCUAAUCAUUUAGUUCAAUCUAAGUUGGAUAUUGAAUAAGGAGCAAGGUACGCCAUUUAAUCUACUUUUACAUUGUACCACUUUAGAAUGGCAUGCAUCCAACAAGAGGAAUAUUAAUUAUGGAAAAUACGCCAACUUAAUUAAUAGUACAAGUUGAAAAUCAAUCGCAGACACCUGUUUUACUAAUUUGCAAAUCAGUUAUCAUGAACCGGAAGCUACACGUUAAAGUACAAGGACAUGUUGUUUUUUGAAACCUUUCUUAUAUUUGGCCGAUUGUUGUGAACUUUGUUAAAGUUAACAACGUUGUUAACGUCGUCGUUGUUAACUUUCAAAUUGCUAUUUUACUAGCUUAUUUCUAACAAGAUUUCAGACGGCUUUUUCCACUGUACCAGUACUUUUUUAUAUUUAAAUAUGUGAGCAUAUAGUUAACAAUUUAACAACGAUUCCGUUUAUCAUGUUGUUAACGUUAACAAAGAACUAAACAAUCGGUCUGUUGUUAUAUUAGUUCUGAACAAAGUUGCACUAGCCCUUUGAGUCGGAGAUUUUGACUUUCAAGAGACUCCAGCUGCAAAUUAUAAUAUUAAAUUAUAUUUAUAAUAUAUUGAAAAGUCCUUGUAUUAAAACUAGCAAUUGUUACUAUCAAAGUGUUAUUGGCAUUUAUUGUAAACACGUUCACUUACAAUGUAUAAAAUUGCUCUACAUUUUUGACAUUUCUUAGUGUUAAGUACAAUCAGAACACGCUCGGCUCUUUCCGGAGCUUACGAUGGGGAUUUUUUAUUUUUUUAAAUUUGAUGCGUUUUUUACCGUUGUUCUAGGGUUUCUUUAAACUGUCUAAAACAGUAAAUGUAUUUAACUCCCUUUAAUAAGAGGACGUAUAUUUAAAGUAUUUAAAGCAUAGGUGCAUGGAUAAUUGGUCAAAAAUGGGUUAUAUCAUUAUAUCCACAAUACAAACUAAGUAUGCAUAAUUAUACUAUAAGAAAUAAAAAUGAAUCACCGUAUCCCUGACCGAUACUAGCUUUCACCUGUUUGUAAAAGUAAGUGCACGUUCUAUUAAUUAGUGUGUAGUUGAGUGAACAUUCUCGAAUGAUCAAGCGUUUCUUUAAAGUGUCGAUUGUUCAGAACUGUGUUAAAGUUAGCAACGUUAUUAACCACACCGCUGUUAACACUGGAUUCGGCUAUGCUUGUUUAUUUAAUUAUAUGAGCUGAUCAAAUUAUAAUUCCCGAUUAAAAGUUAACAACAAUGGCUUAACAGCAAUGGCGUUCACAACAAUGACGUUUACAACAAUGGCGUCAAAAACAUUGACGUUAACAACAUUGAUGUAAACAAAAAUGAGUUGACAGCAAUUACGUUAACAACAAUGGCGUUAAAAACAAUUGCGUUAACAAAAAUGGCGCUAGCAACAAUGUCGUUAACAACAAUUUAAUGAUGAUAACAAGAAUGACGUUAACAACGUUGUUAAAUUUUUCCCACUACUAUACAAUCACCCAACGUGUGUGUUAGAAAUGGAAUUUUCUGUAAAUUUGAAUAUUCUGGUGAAUUCUUAUAUGUUUUACUGAGUGAUCUCAAUUACUUACGUUGGUUAUGUUAUUGUUGAGUACUAGUAUGAACAGAUGUAACAAUCUUAACUUAAGCUGACAUGGUAUUUUAGUAAAUGCGUAUUUGGACAUUCGAUUUACCUACGGAUCAAAAUGACCGAAACGUUCAAUUGUAUUUAUAUAUGCUUAUUUCUCUAUACAUAUGUAUAAAUUAUGUUGUUAAUUGUAAAGUAUGACGUCCUACCUAAUUCAGUGACGUCAUGUUCAUGCCUCUAUCACGUCACAUUAUUCUUAUUAAUAUAACUUUAUAUCGCAAUAUUACGACUGUUUAUGUCUAUGGAAGCGUAUAUCGUAUACACUGAGGAUGUGAUUAUGUAGUCUUGUCCACUUGCUUUAUAUCACCAUGACGAGUUAUAACACAACGUGUUAUCACAUGUAUAUAUCGAUUGGUUCAUAUAUGAACUGAAUAUGUCGCCUUUUUUGAAGAUACAAUGUGAAGAUCAUUUAAACGAAGACUUCGGACUCCACACACUUUGACCAGCCCAACUGCGUUCAUACCCCGAUAAUGGCAUCAACCCCGCAAUUCAUUCCUUAAUUAAGUAACAUUAUUUCCCACAAACAUGAAUCGAAAUAUUCACCCAGUAACUGUUAGUAGUCAACAUUAUAUUUUAUCGAAUGAUAAUGCAGUAUUUCUAUGUUUUCCAAUACAUAUAUUUCAGUAAAUCAGCAGUAAGCCGUUAUUGAAUUAAAUCAGGUGAAGCGGAUGAUCAAUAUAAAUAGUGGCUGGUCUAGUUAGUGGGUGUUUUACACAAUAUCAUGUAAACCACUAAAAUACUUAAUGAUUGUUUGUAUGUACUUUCUCAUAAUGAAUGGCUUUGCGGCUUUGUCACAUCAAACCAUUUUUUUUUAAAUAUUUAACCAUUACGAAAAUUUUGCCAAGUCGACAAGACUACGAAAUAACAUGUCAUGAGUAAUACGAUAGACGCUUCCAUAGUAGUCUGUGAUUUUCAUUCCUUAUAAAUCCAUGUGAAUGUGUACAUAUAAUAAUGAGACGUAUUCCGUAAGCCUCAUUAAAGGGGUUUAGUAAACAUGUAAUUAUGACCCUGACUGCUAGAUUGUGUUUUUCCAAUUGAUCUGAUGUUGUGUUUGUUUUAUUUGUUUACAAUCUUCCUACAAUUAUAUGAAACAAUUUAUACUAUUUUAAAUAAAUGUGAUAUUUUCAAUGUU